CUUCUCUCCUCUUUCUUUCUCCUUUGCCCUGCAGCCAACUUUAGCUUUUCUCUCCCUCCUCUCCUCUUCCUCCCUCCCUCUCUCUGCAAGCUAGACAUCAGGCAGCUGCAGGCUAGUUAGGGUUGGUGCUUGGAGAGAGGUACCCCUUUCCUCCCUUGCAUAUCAAGCCUUGAGAUCACACCCCUCAACUUUUUGAUCCCCUAAACACAAAGUUAGUAGUCCUUGGUUGGUGGGUACAGAUCAAGGAGAGGAGGGGAGCAGAAAGAAAGAUGGAUCAGCUCUAGCUAGAGGAGGAAGGAGAUCGAGGCACUUCUUAGCUGCUUUUGAUUGUAGCUAGAUUUACACCUCCAUACAUAGCGAGCCAGCGCCGAGGAUCUUGAACAGAUGUCUCAGGCUAUGUCGGGUGGCACCGGCGGCGGCGCAGGGCAGUUCGGGGACACGACGUUCACCAAGGUGUUCGUGGGGGGCCUUGCCUGGGAGACGCACAAGGAGGGCAUGCGGGCCUACUUCGAGCCGUUCGGCGAUAUCCUUGAGGCGGUCGUCAUCACUGACAAGAACACCGGUAGAUCCAAGGGAUACGGAUUUGUAACGUUCCGCGAGCCAGAGGCAGCACUGAGAGCUUGCAUCGAUCCGUACCCGGUAAUCGAUGGAAGGAGGGCCAACUGCAACCUUGCCUAUCUCGGUGUCAACAAGUCCAAGACUGCACCGGUGCCGCCAUAUCUGCAACCAUAUGAUGCAGCUCAUGUUUACGGGGGAGGCAACAUGCGGGCAAUGAAGUCCAUCCAGACAGCUGGUGCUGGUGCCAGCUUGAUGAGCUUCGUGCCGGCCGAUCAUGGCGUCCAGCAAGGGAUUCCUACCACCUACAAUCUUUAUGCCGGGUAUUCCCCAUAUUUCUCGGACUACGGCUAUCCGCUGAGCUACUACCAACCCUACGGUGGGCUGCAGGGAGCCCAACAACAACAGUACGCCGCUGUCUUGGGCGGAGGCGCAACUGCGGCGGCAGGGCUAACAAUGGCGGCGGCCAACUCCUCCGGCGGGCUCUACCCGGCCUACUUCCAGUACGGUCCAGCGACAGCUGGGUAUAGCUUGGCUCAGUACCCCCAGUUGUACCAGUACGCCGCGGCGGCUGGGGUGGGCGCCGCCACGACAGCGGCGGCGGCAACAACCCUGAACACGGUUGCCGGCGGCCUCCAGCAGUUCGCUGGCGCGGUGGCCUUCACUCCCAAUUCUAUUGGCCAAGCAGGCGUGACAAUGUCUAUGACAGCUCCAACUCUGUCAGCCCCGACAGCGCAGUACCAGUUCAGCAGGCUUAUUCCUUCUCCCCUCGCUGCGGCUCCAGAUCAGAAGCCCAGCUUGGCCUAGAACAACACCAUGGCUAGCUGCACCUCUCUCUGAUGUCUCUCCCUCUCGUGUCUUUUCAACCAUGCAUGCACCUAUCAUCUUCUCGGUUCCUUCGAUACACGUGUCAUCAGUAAUCACACAGUCAAUGCAUACAAGUCUUAGCUUCAAGUGAAUUGAGAAUGCAGUAUGGUGUGCACACUGCUGCAUGCCAUGCAUGCUGUCUGCACAGCUGAGACUUGACUAACUUGACGCCAAUGCUCACUCUGGGCUGAGUGCAUUCGGCUGACUAACACAAGGGACCAUGCAUGCCAGAUUGGCAGGUCCGAUUUCCCAUCGCGCCGCCAUCGGCGCACUCCAGCUAAGGUUGACAACCGUCUUCUCCUUUCUUUGUGGUAUAAGUUGUUCUGAAUCAGCUGCUAGCUACCUGAUCGUUUUGCUUCCUGCCAAUGUCUAACUAGCUCUCGUCUACUACCAGAACGAAAGGAUAUUAUAAUAGCUAGUUAAUUAGUUUAUGCAUGCAUAUAUAUAGGUCACCUGCAGUUAGCAUCGAUCUCUUUAGUCAUUAUUAGGCAUGUAGUUCACAUAUAUACAUUACUUUUUAGGCAUUUCGAGUUUAUUUCCACAUAUAUAUAGUGUUCCUUGGACUCUUAUGGAAGAGUGCAGGGGCAGUCUGAUGAGUCGCUGCUGGUUUUUCAUGUGCAGCGUUACUCGUCUGUCAUCCCUCAAGAUGACAGUUUUCAUGAGCCAUGUGUAGGUCCACAGAAGUUUGUGGAGACACACAACUAAAGGUUUACUGAGUUAUUAGUGGUCAAACAAGCUGUGGCAGUCCUAUUAUAUACACCUCACCAUGUACUGACGACUAAUUAUAAGCGGCACCCUCAUGUUAGUUCCUCUCCAUUUUGGUCCUUAAGUAGGUUUAUUUUCCCUUCCUCUCCAUGUCAUCAUGCAUCGAUCAUCUUCACAUUGAUCUGUCAUCUUCGUCAUCGAUCACCAAAGCAAGCCAGCCAUGGUCUGUCAAGCUGCUGAUCCAUCAUCAGAGGAACACAAUUGGUGCAACCACGCCUUAUGGCAGACACGUUAUCGUUACUAUUCGCGAGUGAUUUAUGUAAUAGCUACUGUGAAAUAUAUUUAGCUUCCUUGUCAGAGGCUAAUAAUGUUACCAUGCAUGCAUGCUUAUCUAUCUCUUAAGCACAAUUACAUGAACUCGAUCAGUUAUAUCCAUGGCAUGAGGAUAUGGCAAACA